UUUCUUUCCCCAUUUUCCUUUCCUCCUUCCUAUUUGCUCCACCUCCUACCUCCCUGCCGGCAGCCGCGUUUCCCAGGAUCCCGUUCGCGCCUCUCUGCGCUGCUUCUGCUCGUCCUCCCGCUCCUGUACCUCCUCGUGCCCCCACCAACACCCCCCCCUUUGCGCCACACCCCAACCCCACCGAGGCCUCCUCCAUGGUCGUCUGCGUGCCGCUAGACCUCCACCCACUGCCCGGUGAAGUCAGGUGGUCCUUCCUCCUCGUCGCCUCCGCCACCGACGCUGCCUCCUGCUGCUCUGCCUCUGGAUCCAUCCCCCAACACGUGCCUUCCUCUUCCCUGACCCGCCCCCGCCACCAUGGCCUCCCUCCUCCCGGGUAGAUAUCUAGUAUGAGGGUUCCAGCCAUCGUGUCCACAGGAGGUGGCUCAAAUUGAUCUUUAAUUUAUUUUCCCUAUGAGUAUAUUGUUAUUAGCACUCCAGUUAUUAGGAUUGAAUUGAUUUUGAAGAAUUAGCAUGAGAAAUAUAAGGAACUGAUGAUUUUGUGUGUCACCAGGAGCCCUGUUUUCUGCAUAGCUUUGAGCUUGUCCAAACAACUUGCGGACACUAUGCACUCCUUUAAUUAUCGCUACAGAUUGUCCAGGUUUGGUUGCUGCACAUUUGGUUAAUUACUACACCUUUAGUUCAAUUAUGUUUGUUUGUACAGAAUUGCUGUAAAAAUACCAUAUGAAACUUGCCUCAUAAAUUGUGUCACCUCUGGUCUUCUUGUGAAGAACCAGUUCAUGCAUCAAUUCUUAUAUCUGUAAGAAAAUGUCAGAAUACGGAGACAAAAAAAAUCUGGAACCAAUGACUUGGUACUUUAUGCAAGGCAUUACUCUGAGAUUAAAUAUAUGGAUGCCAGAAUGUAGCCCUUGUAUUCACAUGUUUUGACUUGUUUACUACUCAUCUACUCCUAUUAAUGGCUCGACAUCUUUUAUUUGAAGUGGAACUGAUCACAAGUUUCGGGGCCUCUGUUAUUAUAAACGAUCUUUGAUUUCUACGCUAUAACAGUUACAUUGACUAAAUAGUGCCUUGCUUUUUUCCAUCGUUUGCCUAGGCAGGUCAUGGGGGAGUGCUAGAGGUACCAAAAUGUCACGUGAAAUACUGAACCAGUUGCAUCAGUCAUAACAACAGUUGGGGAAAGAACAUUUGGCUGCUUUAGGUGGUUCCCUCCAAAGCCACAGCCUGGAAUCAUAAAGGAAGGGCAACCAGCGUGCUUUUCAAAAACCUCAGUCCAUCUAUAUGAGGCUUCCUUGAUAGCUGGGUAAGCGUAGCAGCUGGAUGCAUUAAAAUAACUGCAGCCCAAGUGAGCGAGGCUGCAUGCUAUAUAGCCCAAACGAGUAAAAGCUAGCUGUUGAGCCCACGAAGUGACGCAUAAAAAAUGAAGCUGACCAUCAGCCGGCUGCGCACCUUGGUAUGUGUGAGAAAGCAAAAACGCCUCGUGUAUAGACGGAGGGAGUAAGAGGUUCCUGCUUCGGCAUUGGCUGGCUGGCCAACCUUAGGUUGCUUUAGUCAAGGUUUUAAUUUACUUUAGAGGAGCUUUCAAUUUUUUCUUAGUUCUUUUGAGAUGAAUUUUCAAUUUCUAAGGAGGAGCUUUCAAUUUUCUUAAGACGAGUUAUUGUUUUAUUUUUGUCAUGAGCUUUUAGUUUUUAAGGACUGACUUCAAUUUCCUUUGGCCAAGCUUUUAAAAAAUUGAUUUCGUCCGAGACAAGCUUUAGUUUUUAACGUUCUAACGAUGAGCUUCUAGCAUUUUAACAAUCAGCUUUAAGGAUCCCAUGAUGAGCUUCCAACGAACUGCAUCAUGUGCUUUUAAUUUUUCCAAAAUUCCUUGAGACAUGCUUUCAAUUAUUAUUUUCCAAGUUCAUGAUGAGCUUUUAACUAUCGCAUCGUGAGCUCUCGACGAUCUUGUCAUGAGCUUUUAAUGAUUUAAUCAUGAGAUUUUAAUGAUCUCUCAUGAGCUUUUAAUUUUUCCCAAAACCAUUCAACUUUUUAAAUUUCUAACGAUGAGCUUAUAGCAUUCUAACAAUGAGCUUUUAAGGAUCCCAUGAUGAGCUUUUAAUGAACGCAUCAAGUGCAUUUAAUUUUUUCUAAAAUUCUUGAGACGUGCAAGCUUUCAAUUAUUUUUCUAAGCGCAUUUUUUGUAGUCCGUUCUAUAUGAGCUUUUAACGAUCCCACAACGAGCUUUUUAGCGGUCCCAUGCUGAGCUUGUUAACGAUCCCACAACGAGCUUUUUAGCGGUCCCAUCAUGUAAUUUGAUUUUAUUUUUAAAAAAUCCUUGAGCUUCUUAACAUUAUAAUAAUGAUCAACUUUUUAAUAAUCUUAUGAUGAGCUUGUAAUGAUCCCAAAACAAGCUUUUAACAAUCCCAAAACAAGCUUUUUAACGAUCCCAUCAUCUACUUUUAGCAUUCUAAUCAUGAGCUUUUAAGGAUCUCAUGAUGAGCUUUUAACGAAUGCUUGAUGUGCUUUUAAUUUUUUUCAAAAAAUUUUGAGAUCUGCUUUCAAUUCUUUCUUCUAGGUUCAUUUUUUUUUCUAAUCUGUUUUCUAGAUGAGGUUUUUAAUGAACCCAUGGCGAUACAAUCUUAAAUUUCAUAUAACUAAUGAGCUCUUUAGUUUUUCAUGCAAUCUGUUUGUUUAUUGUUCUCGGCCUUUCAAUAAGUUUUCGAUACAAGCUUUCAAAAUUUUGAAGGUUCAGCUUUUCAUAUUUUGUGCAAGAGGAUGGAUAGAGAGUCUGGUAGUUAUAAUUUUUCUCUCAUAUGAGCUUUUAGAUUAUUUAUACGAGCUUUUUAGAUUUUUUGUCCUGCAAUUCCAAUAAAUUGUUCUUAGUAGCUCUAAAAAGCUUUUUUUUCUUCUAGGUGGUGCCCGUUGGCAUCAGAUAAGGUUUAAAUUGUUUCGAAAGGAGGAUUGUAAUCGACUUUUUCGAUAUGAGAUCCGAGAUUUAUUGACACAAGCUCGCUUUUCGCAGACUUUUCAUAGAACUAAAAUUUAGAAAUUAUGGGUAAUGAUUAGAAAAGUUUGAAUAUCUAGGUCAUAACAGGCAAAUCUACUAAAAUUUGAAAGUUUUAUGUCAGGAUUUUAAAAGUUUGAAUAUCUGUCAGCAGGAACGACAUAAAAAUUGGCAUUAAAAACUUUUUAUGUGAUUUUUAAAAUCUCGAUAUGAUUUGAAAGUGUCUAUCCCCACAUGCUUGAUACCUGAAAACCACCCUCCUAGAAAGGGAAAAGACAAAAAAAAACACAACAACAGCACUUUUCCGUACACAAAAAAGAGCCAAAAUGGGAAAAUAGGAAAAGACCAAAGCGGGCUUGCAGUCGUUGGGCUGUAGCACCAGGCCCAGCACACGGACGAGGCUUAGCACGAGCAUGGAACCAGGCCGAGCACGGGACGGAAUAAAAAAGGGAAAAGACGAAUCGGGAAUUGAUCGAGGAAGCAGGAACGGAGGACGAGCGUAGGGAGCGCGGCCCGGGACGAUCGUGGCGCGCGAACGGGAAACCUGGUCGGAAUCGUCCGCCAGAAUCGGUCCUAGCGGAGAUCCGCCAAUUAGCUGCGCCCCGGGCUUCCAAGCGCGCGAUCGACCGACUAUAAUAGUAGACCAUACGGACCGCGCAGCGAUCGAGCGGUAAUCCUAGCUUCCGGCCGGCGACGCCCUAACUCCCAAACGGCGGCCGGCGGCGCAUCGACCUAGCAACAGCAAGGUCCAUAUGGCGCCUACGGUCUGUCUGUCUGACGGUGAUGAUGAAGACGGUCCAAUUUCCUUCAAGAGGUCACGCACCACCCCCUCUAAGCAGCACCAAGGCUCAUCAGCAAAUGCGUCAAAUCCUCGGCCUCUGGGCUCUGGUGGUGAUCAGCCAAACGGUAAAUUGAUGAAAAGACCUCGUUCCGUGGAAGAUGGUGGCGACUCCGAUGGUACCGAUUCGGAUGAUAAGAAACCACUCCCCAAACUGAAGAGAAUCGAUAGAGAAGCAGGUGCCAAGGAAGAAAGAGUUGAUGAUCAUAACGAGCCUGCAGUGACCGCUCAGACGAUCGAAUCUGCAAACUUGGCUUCUGACAAUACCGUUUUGCUCAGGACUGCAUCAGUUAAAUCCGAGCAAGAAGACGAUUCGGAAGAUGAGAAGCCACUGGCCAUGAGGACGACGCGGUUGACCAGUAAUGCGAGCAGUACUUCCAGAAAUUCAAUCAAAAGGCGGCCAGGUGAUAGCAACACUGGAACAAGUUCACCCCUUAAGAAGGCAAAGCAUUCUGCCAUAGAAAGAGAACCCAAGGCUGCUGAUGCCCAUGACAACAAAAUACCUCUCGCACCACGACUGACAUCAGUCAAGCCUUCGAAGACAAAGCCCCCCGCAAAGAAUGCCACGAAGAACAAGAAGAAGAGUCCUUCGUCUUUUACCAAGGAUAGCCAGAAAGGAGUGGAAAUGAAAGCGAAGAAAACAGUGAGAAAUUCCCGGCUCUCAAAGGCGAUGAAGGUCCGUCAAGGUUCCGGCAGUGGAAAGAAAUGGUCCACUUUGGAGCACAAUGGCGUUAUGUUCCCCCCUCCGUACAUGCCUCAUGGUGUCAAAAUGCUUUACAAUGGGCAACCUGUUGAUCUGACUCCAGAACAGGAGGAGGUUGCAACCAUGUUUGCUGUGAUGCGAGACACAGAGUAUGCAUCCAAGGAAACAUUUAUCAACAACUUUUUCACCGACUGGAGAAAAAUUCUUGGUAAAACCCAUAUCAUCAAAAAGUUCGAGCUUUGUGAUUUCACAACGAUUUAUGAAUGGCACCUGCGAGAGAAGGAGAAUAAAAAACAGAUGACAACAGAGGAGAAGAAAGCGUUGAGGGAUGAGAAAGGGAAGCGAGAGGAGAAGUAUCUGUGGGCUAUCGUAGAUGGUGUUAAAGAGAAGGUUGGCAAUUUCAGAGUAGAACCACCUGGCUUAUUCAGGGGACGUGGAGAGCAUCCAAAGAUGGGAAGACUGAAGCGACGCAUCCGACCAAAUGAUAUUACAAUAAACAUUGGAAAAGGGACUCCAGUCCCUGUGUGUCCUAUACCUGGAGAAAGCUGGAAGGAAGUUAAACAUGACAAUACUGUCACAUGGUUGGCAUUUUGGAAUGAUCCAAUAAACCAGAAAGACUUCAAGUAUGUUUUCCUGGCAGCAAGCAGCUCACUAAAGGGACAAAGUGACAAGGAGAAAUAUGAAAAGGCUCGAAAAUUGAAGGAUCACAUAGACAAUAUUCGCGUAAAUUACACGAAGGAUUUCAGGAGCAAAGAUCAAGUGAAGAAACAAAUUGCAGUGGCAACAUACCUUGUAGAUAAACUAGCCCUUAGGGCGGGCAAUGAAAAGGAUGAAGAUGAGGCUGAUACUGUUGGUUGUUGUACACUCAAGGUUGAAAAUGUUACUUGUCUGCCUCCAAACAAGCUGCAGUUUGACUUCCUUGGUAAAGAUUCUAUAAGAUACUUGAACACUGUAGAGGUUGAACUACCUGUAUAUGAGGCGGUUAAGGAAUUCUGUGCUGGAAAAAAUAAGGGAGAUAAUGUCUUUGCUGAGAUUGAUACAAUUAAGCUAAAUGCUCAUCUGAAGGAAUUAAUGCCAGGCCUUACCGCAAAAGUGUUCCGUACAUACAAUGCUUCCGUCACUUUAGACGCCAUGUUGAACAAAGAAACAGAAGAUGGAACCCUUCUUCAAAAAAUUAGUAUCUAUAAACGCGCAAACAAAGAGGUUGCUAUAAUCUGUAACCAUCAGCGUGCGGUCUCAAAAUCACAUGAUUCCCAGAUGGCUAAGUUGAAUGAAAAGAUCGACGAAUUAAAGGUUCAGAGGGAUGGGCUGAAAGCAGAGUUAGAGAAAGCGAAGAAAGGAAAGCGUCCAGGCGAUGAUAAAGAUGGGAGCCGAAAGAAAAAAUUAACCCCUGAAAUGUUGGAGAAUAAGAUCUCUGGGAUUGAAGCCAAAAUAGAGGGAAUGGUUAUCACUAAGAAUAACACAGAGGAAUCCAAGACAGUGGCACUAGGAACAUCAAAGAUCAACUACCUCGAUCCUAGAAUUACCGUGGCGUGGUGCAAAACCCAUGAGAUCCCUAUUAACAAGAUUUUCAGCAAGACGAUUCUCGAGAAAUUUGGAUGGGCGAUGGAUGUCGGCCCGGGUUUCAGAUUCUAAUGCCGGGCGGCCUGCUCAGUCAGUAAAUUAGAUCCAUCUUCCAACCCUCUUCUCCAAGACACUAAAAUCGGCAGCCGCAGCUAGGAAAUAAGAGCUAGUUCGGUGUAUUUUUUCUGUCUCUUUUCAGUCAGGCCCUCUUUUUUCUUCGUCCUCAUCUUCUUCUUCUGUACUUGCCAUGUUUCGAUUUUGCCUUGUUGUGUAUGCACCUUGGUCUUUAGGUCGCAUUGGACAGUUAACUUGUAAAGGAUUAACUACUAACUGUAGAAGUGCUUACUUCAACCUUUUGUACGUUCUGUUUACAAAAAAGAGCUUAUACAUUGAAAUUUGAAAGUUUGUUGAAAGAAA